AAGAAAAGGUAUAUGACCAGUUAUUGGUCCUGGGAGCAAGGGGAGAGAGUGAAGAGAUACCUGCACAGCCAAGGGGAUUGGAUUUAUAGACCGAAUCUCUCUCCACCCUUCAGCCACUAACCAUGUCAGGCUCGUCGACUCCAGAGGACGCGUUGUACGGCUCGUGGGUGGAGCUGGAGGAGCUAAUAUCAGCAGUGAGCAGCAGGGAUAGUCUGACAGGGCAACAACAGGACACAGCCUCCUGGGCCCUGCAGGGGGAGUUAGAGAGGAUCCUGCUGGAGGCACAGCUUGAGUGUGAGAGGAGUAAAGACAGUCCUCCCCUGGUGGUGACUCCUCCGCAGACCACUGCUUCUCCUCCCCACAGUGAAGGCAGCAGCAGUACAGACUGUGUUACCAUACAGUCCGAAGAAGAUGGGGAGAGGAGGCUCAUUUCCGAGUGGGUAUGGGACUGGUCCAGUCGGCCAGAGAACCUUCCACCAAAGGAGUUUGUGUUCCAGCACCCGAAGCAGCAGUCGGGCUCUCUGAGCGUAAGGAAGAGUGAGGUGAUGAAAAGAGGCCUAUUCUCCUCUGACGUCCUCAUGAUCCUCAUCCCCUCACUGCUUGUCUCGCACCUGCUCACACUGGGAGUAGGGAUCUACAUAGGGAAGCGAUUGGCUGCCUCCACAACUAGCACUCUGUGACGUGCUUCCGGGCAGCGCUCCCAUUCGCUGACGGCAGACCAAUAGGAUCUCAGCCCUCGCCACAGUACACUUGUUGCCCUUUCUCCCUGUCAUGCGGCAACUUUCUUUACCAAUGUCUCUCUGUAUGUCUGUCUGUCUGUCCACCAUCCACCAGAACUUUGUGUGUCUGUCCGUCAGUCACCCAGCAUCUCUGAAUCUGGGAUUGUCCCAGGGCCAGAGCGUGUCUGUUUGUGUGUUUGUCUCUCUCUCUCUCUGUGUGUGUGUGUGUGUGUGUGUGUGUGUGUGUGUGUGUGUGUGUGUGUGUGUGUGUGUGUGUGUGUGUGUGUGUGUGUGUGUGUGUGUGUGUGUGUGUGUGUGUGUGUGUGUGUGUGUGUGUGUGUGUGUGUGUGUGUGUGUCAGGGCAGGACAGUUGAUACUCUACGGACAUUGUGUCAAUGACUCAGACUGAGGUCACUUUUACUCUCCCAGCAGAGUAACACUGAUCUCAAUGAACUAACAGAGAGAAACGAGUGAUAAGAUCGAGUGAGAAAAGAGAGAGGAAGAAAGAGAAUAACACCCAGCUAAAUCCCCAUUGAAUGUGUUAGCAGAUUGUUGAAGAAAUGGGGUAUAUUGCCCAAUGCUUUCCCAAAUAAAAACCAGAAUCUAAUCCUGGUGAAAGAAACAGUUCACCAACAGAGCCAUAUACAGACAGUAUAUGCCUAUAUGACUCUGGUCACCAAUAUUAUGUGUCAGACAUGCCAGAACUGUGAUGAGCCCAGGUUAUUUGUAUUAGGUUGAGGAAUGGUUUGUUUAAUGUUCUUUGUGGUUUAUGACCACAAAAGUGUCUCUGGUUUUGCACUUUGUCCUAUAUAACCAUCUGACUGUUUGAACUCUGAACUCUUUGAAUGACUAUAACCCCAUUAAACUUCAUUUGUCACCCGUG